AUGUCCUCGCAAAAGUCUUCUGAGCUUGCACCGUUGACCUUGUUCCGGUAUCAGUACAGCUCUCUCCCCAUUACCCUGCCCUCUGCCGAGUGCGCCGGCAAGGUCUUCAUUAUCACCGGAGCCAACAGUGGCCUUGGUUUCGAAUGUGUCAAGCAUCUCGUAACCCUUGGUUGCAAAAAGGUUGUCAUGGCUGUCCGCUCUCGGCAAAGAGGCCUGGAUGCUCUUGCACUAGUUGAGAGUGAAACAGGUGUCAAGGGCGUGGCAGAGAUAUGGGAACUCGAUGUAGGCAACUUUGAUUCCGUCAAGAGGUUUGCUACGAAGGUCGAGGAAGACUUGGAGAGAGUUGACGGGCUCAUCAACAACGCUGCAGCGGCUGAUGGAUCGUGGAGCAUCGUCGAAGGCAUGGAAAGUAGCAUCGCCGUCAACGUUGUCGGAACGCUACUCCUCACGGUGCUGAUGAUGCCCUACCUUCGAAAAGGUGUCAAACAAUUUAACUGCACACCUAGAGUCAGCUUCCUCACAAGUGGCCUUGCAUGGGGCCGCAAGAGUGAUUGGGCCAAAAUCGACAAGAAUCACGGUAUUCUUACCGAUGUGAACAACUCUGCAAAAUGGAGCAUGGAUGGCGUCAACAGGCAAGUCCGAUACGCCCUGUCGAAGCUGCUACAAAUCCUCGCAAUUCGACGUUUUGUGGAGCUAGCUCCUGUCGAGGAAACAGGCGUCGUUGUCAACUUCGUUAACCCUGGUCUCUGUAAUACCGGCCUUGUCCGUUAUUAUACGUUGUAUACAAAGAUGAUUACCACGGUCUUGCGUCUGAUAGUUGGCCGCAGUGCUGAGUGGGGUAGUCGAUCGCUUUUGUUCGGUAUGGCAGCCGGCAGAGAGAGCCACGGCAGAUAUCUCUCAUAUUGUGAAGAUACAGAGUAA